ACCAGAGAUCACAUUGGACAGAUUACUAUGAGUAUGUUAAUUGCUUAUUUCUCUGACCAUGACCACAUGCCACCUGGUAACAUGACAUAGCUGUUUAUAGUCAUCUUACAUUUACAAUGACUUCAAAACAUUUUGAAACGGUUAGGGAAUUUUUGCAUGACGACCACCAGGGAAAGGCCAAAAGACGACAAAUAUUUACUGACCAGAAGAAAAAAAGGGCCUGCACAGAAUGGAGGAAAACGUGUUCUCGAUUGGCAGCACAGAGCAGAAGAAAGAUGGAGAACCAGCUGUUCAAUGAGUUAACAGCUUUGCUGCCCCUAGAUCCGAGUAUGGACGGUCAGCGAGACAAAGCUUCAGUCAUACGACUCACAAUCGCUUACCUGCACCUGAGGAGCUUCCUUAACAACAGCCCAGACACCUUUGCACUGUCCUCUCCAUCUUCAGCAGGAGUGUUGGCAAAAUCUCACGAAAGGGGUUUGCUGGGUUCUGCUUUUGGAGGGUUUGUGGUUCUGUUGUCUUUGAACGGCAAGGUCAUCUUCACCACAAGUGAUGUGUUUACACAUACUGGAAUUAGCCAGAUGGACUUGAUCGGAAGAAGCUUGCUUGAGUUCUUGCAUCCAUGUGAUCAGAUGGAGGUGAAAGACAUUCUCACUAAACUAAUAGGAAACCAAGGACAGCAGGAAUGUGAAGUUUUUCUCAGAAUAAAAAGUGCAGUGAACCAGAAACUGUCUCCUUGGAAAGUCAUUCAGUGCAUGGGAAAGAAGUCGUCUUCUGCUACACCCGGAUCCGGCUGUCUAGUCCUUCAGUGCAGGCUGCUGCCCAUGCGGCAGUUCAUUGAGAUGGAUGCAGCAUCGAACACAAAUACAUUUAUGAGCAUACACAGCCCAGACAUGAAGUUCACCUACUGCCACACAAGGGUUGUGAAGCUGAUUGGCUUCAGAGACUCAGAGCUGUUUGGCCAAUCUGUGUACCAGUACUAUCACCCGUCCGACUGCCAGAAACUCCGCAUGGCACACAUCUGCUUGCUUUCAAAAGGACAGGUGUCAACUGGAAAAUAUCGGCUGCUGCAAAGACAUGGUGGUUACGUGUGGGCCGAGACAGAUGCAUCAUUGGUUUGCAACAGUCACACGGGUGUACCAGAGAGCGUCGUCUGCAUCAAUUACAUUCUUAGUGGAGUGGAGCAUCACAGUUUGGCAUUUUUACUGGAGCACACAGAACAGCUGAAACCACAUGACUCACUUUACACAGAAUCCCAGGCUGUUUUUCUUCCAUUGUCUGCAGCUCUGCGGGAUAAAGACGACCUUAAAUUCCAAAAAACAGCAACAGACAAUCACGAUUCUGUUACAUCCACAAACCCUACAGAAGGUGAUGGACAGGAAGUUCAUGGCGGUUCAGAGAUGACACAUAAGACAGAGGAGUGCUGCAAUUUCAAUUGUGAUCUGUGCGAUUUAGACUUGGACAGUCUGGCUCCUUACAUUCCCAUGCAUGGAGAAGAUUUCCUGCUGACACCCAUUUUAGAAGGGACGGUGGACAGUGCACAUCACAACCUGAACCCUCAGAUGCCAAAUUUGGAGGAAACAAUCUUUCAAAGCAUGAACAGCCUUACAAAAGAUCAGCAAUGUGUCAGUUAUUGUGUAUCUAACAGGGUUAGUGAUGCAUCUAAUCUGAUAUCAGGCCAUCAGUGGAAUAACAGCCUCGAUAUUGUUAACCGGAUUUCAGAGGUUCAGUAUAAUUACGAACAUGUCUCAGCUGAAAGAAGGACGUAUCAUUGGAGGACCGAUGUAAUAAAAGUCUCACAAUAUUUCAACAGGACAAACUGGAACUACGAUGGGUCAACAACAAAGUCACGUGGCAAAGACCAGAAUCAACUCGGAUCAAAGUUCAGGUCACUUCAGGACUCAGAGAAGCCUUCUCCUCAACACAGAAGACAGCAGACACGCGAAAGGCACCAGACACCUUUGAAUCUGCCUGUGUUGAGCAGGUUGGAGUGUGAAAUUAAUGCUCCACUCGACUCCACAGCUUAUUUACUCCACGGGACUGAAAUUACAGCCGUUCUGGAUCAAGUGGUUUCAAGAAUGCCUUGGUGCUGACGCAAAACAAGAACUUCAUCACUCACCUGACCAUUAAGUUAUUUAAAAUUAAAGGCUUGUUCGACUUCCUGUAGCGCCGUAAGAACCGACAGGCGGAUGACGUCAUACGCCUGUCAGUUCUUGCGGCGCCGUAUGAAGUCAUACACGCACACACCUAAUAACUCAAACCCUAUAAUCGUAUCUCAGCCUCUUGUACCUCAGCGUGGAUGACUUAAACCUGUGUGAUUUAAGUAAGAACCAUGUUUUUCAUCUAAUAUUAGACUUUGCAUAUAAUUCGUUUAAAGUCUCUGCACCAUUCUGAUGUCAGUGUUUGGCUAGGUAUGUAAAUAUGGCUUUGCAUCCUUAACCAUCACUUUUGUAUUUUAGCAUUUGACACAUUAAAUAUUAAGUACAUUAUAUUUAAAU